AUGCCGCCGUGGUUCUUGUUCCUCGCGGCCCUUGUUUUUCCAUCCGCUGCUCAGCCGUUUGAUGCUGACGCGUUUGAUUCCGACAAUGAGUGCCAUCUGAAGGAUUGCGGCUUCAACGCUCUGCAACAUCGAAGUCGGAAGUCUUCAGCAGAACAGUUCCAAGCUCUGAACAGCAGCUCCCCGUCGGAGCUUCGCAUCUACCAGUGGAAUCCCCAUUGGCAAUGCUUUUACCUCAAAAGCCAACAGGUUUGCAAGGAGCGGGCUAAGUCACUCUUAAAUCAAGGGUUGAGGAACAUGCGGAUCGAUUUCGCGAACGUCAUUGAACUUGUGGAUCCUUCUUACCGGCCUCCUGGCGGCUACGGGGUUCUCAAAGCCACAUGCAAUGCCAAAGAGAACGCCUUGUUGAUCUACGACUCUUCGAGAUGGAAGCCGUCAUCCAGGGGAGGUUCCCGUGCCUCCGGGUGCAUCACGCACAAGGACCGCGCCUUCAACGUGCAGAUGUUUGAGUCCCUUGCUGGCUCCCCACUUUCGGAAGUUGUGGUCGUGGGCGCGCAUUACCCGCAUCACAUCACCGUGCCAAAGCUCAGAGCUGCCCUCGCGCAGGUCGUUCAUUCAACCGGAGUGCAGCGGACGAUCUUUAUCGGGGACACCAAUCAAGAGCAUGGUGACAGCGUGGAUGUUGCCCAGGCUCUUGGAAUGCCAGAAAUGCCGGCCAUAGCAUCAUCCCCGCCCUUCGUCAGCUGCUGCCACAAGGUCAACGAGGGUUUCGUGUGGAAGUUCGACCGGAUCAUCACGAACUUCGGCAGCGUGACGGAGGCAGGUUUCUUCGAGGUCCCCUCCUGGGCAGCACCUUCCAUGCAUAGAGCAGUGCAUGCAAAGGUGCGAGUGUAG